GCGAAAGGUGACUUGUGUUUGAAAAUUCUGCUAUUACCGGAUACAUCAUCUGACAGUUCGGAAGUGAUAACAAUUUCUAAGUGCAAGCUGCAUGAACAUUUUAAUGCUUCAAGAUUAAUUUGAGCUGCUAUUAUGGCAGGCCCUCAUCCUUUAAGUACUCAAGUCAGGGUUCAUCAUCUUAAUGAAAAUGAAAACUUGGAUUCUCUUUUAUUUACCCUUAAAAAAGGAUCCAUUUUGCAAUUUAAACUUGGCUCCACCCUUUUUGGACAAAGAGUAAAACUUUUUACAAAUUACCCUGAGAAGCUGUCUGAAGGAUUCAAGAGGCACACUUACCAAGAAUUGAAAUGGAAAUCAGAAAGUAUGAACCAAGGGGACGACACUGCAUUAUAUGCAGAAGUUUGCUUCGAACUAGCUGGAAGUUUUCAUUACUUAUUUAUUCCAGAAGGAGGGGAUGUUCUCAGGCCUAGUGGAUCAGGAUACAUUUUAGUCGAUCCAGUACUUACAUAUGGUCCAGAGGAUGAAAUACUGCCUCUGGACAGCAUCUUAUGUCUCACAUACUUGGCCAAGAGUCUAGGUGCCUUCGAAGAUUGGGAAAAGAGACUCGUGACGGCAAAAGAAGUGGGAUACAACAUGAUUCACAUUACGCCCAUUCAAGAGCUUGGAGCAUCUCGUUCUUCGUAUUCACUGAAGAAUCAAUUAGUUGUGAAUCCUAGUUUUCAUUCUAAAGGGAAAAAGUGCUCUAUAGCGGACAUUUCUGCUUUCAUUGAAAAGAUAAGACGAGAGUGGAAGGUGCUAACCAUAACUGACAUUGUAUUGAACCACACUGCCAACGAAAGUGAAUGGAUUCUCGAUCAUCCCGAAUCCACGUACAAUCUGGUUAACUCUCCCCAUUUGAGGCCUGCUUAUUUAUUGGACAGAGCCAUUUGGUACUUUUCUUUAGAAAUAGCUGCUGGAAAAUGGAGUGGAAGUGGGAUUCCGUCUGCAGUAAAUGAUGAAAGCCACAUUGACGCAAUACGGAGUGCUUUGCAUGGAUAUUGGAAGCAUAAAUUAAAAUUGUAUGAGUUCUAUAUUUUGGAUGUUGAAGAAAUUCUUAAAGUUUUUCGUAGUCGCAUCAAAGAUUGUAAACGAGAGGUAUCAAAGCUUUCUUGUGUAUUGAAAAUCCAGCAGGACCGUGAGUAUAGGAGAUUUAAAAGCACUGUGGAUAUGGAAUUGGCUCUAAGUUUAUAUGCCCCCAGUUCAAACGCAAGUGAUGCUGAUGUUUCAAAGAGUUGUGAAAAUUUAAGACAAAAACUUGAAGAGCUCAACAAUGCCAAAAGAGCUGAAAUCGAUGCUCAUUUCUAUAGUGCUGUCGAGAAUGUUCUUUCUGCUGUGCGUUAUGAACGUCUCAAUCCUAGUGGACCAAAACUUAAGGAAGUUUCCUCCAAACAUCCUCUUGUUCCAGAAUAUUUUCGUAAUUAUGGUAAGGACUCCAACCUCGAGGAGGACGAGAAAUUGAUGUUCUCUCCUCAGUGCUGUUACAUAAUGGCUCACAACGGCUGGGUAAUGGGUGACAAUCCCCUUAAAAACUUUGCAGAACCAGGAUCCAAUGUGUACUUGCGGAGAGAGCUCGUGGCUUGGGGAGACAGCGUAAAGUUGCGAUACGGGGAAAAACCUGAAGACUCGCCCUAUCUUUGGAAGCAUAUGACAGAGUAUGUUCAGCAGUUAGCAAGAGCUUUUCAUGGAUUACGGCUUGAUAACUGUCACAGUACUCCUAUACAUGUAGCAGAGUAUUUGAUCGACAAGGCACGAGAAGUACGUUCAGACUUAUUUGUUGAAGCCGAGUUAUUUACUUCAAGUGAAGCUGUUGAUAAUAUUUUUGUAAAUAGAUUAGGAAUCACUGCUCUUAUUCGAGAGUCAUUGCAAGCUCCCAACAGUCACGAACAGGGUCGGCUCGUGUAUAGAUACGGCGGUUCUUCUGUCGGAGCAUUCAUUCAUCCCGUAACUCGUCCCCUCACAAAAGGUAUUGCGCAUGCAGUUUUCAUGGACGUCACACACGACAACGAAUGCCCAAUGCAGAAAAGAAGUAUCUACGAUUAUUUUCCGACCGCUGCAAUGGUAUCGAUGGCAUGUUGUGCGACUGGUAGUACUUGGGGAUAUGACCAACUUGUUCCACAUCAUAUCCAUGUAGUCACAGAAGAGCGUUUGUACACAUCUUGGACUCAUGAAGAAGUUUCAAAAAAGGAGUAUAUUAAUGAAAAAACUGGAAUUAUUGCAGGAAAAAAGGCAUUAAAUAAAUUGCAUUCAGAACUUGGAUCAUCCGGCUUCACCCAAGUCUUUGUUGAUCAAAGAGAUGAAAAUACUGUUGCUAUAACUCGUCAUUGUCCAGCUACACAUCAGUCUGUUUUAAUGAUUGCCAGGACAUCAUUCAAUAUGCCUGCUAAGCCUAACGAAACCAGUUACACAAAACCAUUACGCAUUCAAGGUGUCAUUGAUGAAAUAAUCUUGGAAGGCGGACUUGUCCCUGUGAACCAUAGCGGAACAACAUUAGGUUCUAAUGUUCACAGAGAUGAAAAUUUUAUCAACGGUGUGACGGAUUUCAAACUUAAUUUGAAGCGAAACAUCCAGAUUUACGAAAGUGACAUGAUAGAAAGCUCUGGUAUUUCUGACGAUGGUUACAAUGAAAUUGAUUUUAUUCACUUUCCUCCAGGAUCUGUUAUUGUUUUAAGAAUAUCUCUCGACAGUGAGUCACGUUCAUCAAUACUGAAGAUCAGGACAUGUGUUUCUCAGUUUGGGUACAGGAUGCGAUCCUACAGUGGUACUCCACUCAAAAGAGGCACACAAGACUUCGAAUCCAUCCUCUCACACUUGACCUUGAGCGACUUGAAUAGAAUUCUAUACAAGUGUGAUGCUGAAGAAAGAGAUGACAUGAAAGGGCGUGGUACCUAUUCUAUCCCCGGAUAUGGAGAUCUAGUCUAUUGUGGCUUACAAGGUGUAAUGAGUGAAUUGAUGAAUAUACAUGUAAAUGAUGAUUUGGGACAUCCCCUGUGCCAAAAUCUGAGGGACGGAGAUUGGUUGUCAGAUUACAUAUGUGGCCGAUUAGUAGACAAUCCUUCUACGAAAGAUUUGGGCCUUUGGUUUCAAGUAGCAUUUGAGAGUUUAAAAAAGAUUCCUCGAUACUUGAUUCCUUGUUAUUUUGAUGCCAUUAUCACCGGAGCUUACAGUAGUCUGCUGAAUGCUGUGUGGAGAAAGAUGUCAGACUUUAUUUCUGAAGGCUCUACCUUUGUAAAAGCGCUGGCCAUGGGUUCUGUCAUUUUAUGCGGAAUUGUACGAAGUGCUCCGUUGCCCCUCCUUUCCCCUAACUUGCAACCACCAGUGCCCAGUGAAACAAAAGAUGCUAAUGGAAAGGUUCUCCAGAACUGCGUUACGAUAUCUGCAGGCUUGCCUCAUUUCUCGACUGGCUACAUGCGCAACUGGGGUAGAGAUACCUUCAUUUCAUUGAAAGGACUUCUGCUGGUCACAGGAAGAUAUGAAGAUGCAAGAUACAUUAUUUUGGCUUUUGCCGCCUGCUUGCGCCACGGGCUAAUGCCUAACCUCCUGGAUAGAGGUGAAUGUGCAAGGUUCAAUUGCAGGGAUGCCGUUUGGUGGUGGCUGCAAUCUAUUCAGGAAUAUGUCAAAAUUGUUCCUGAUGGACACGCAAUUUUAAAAGAUCAAGUCUCCAGGAUUUUUCCCACUGAUGAUUCUCCUGCUCAACCUGCUGGAAAGCAUGAUCAACCGUUGCACGAUGUUAUUCAAGAAGCUUUGCAAACUCAUUUUCAAGGUUUGAAAUUUCGCGAGAGGAAUGCUGGGCGUCAGUUAGAUGAACAUAUGUCCGAUGAAGGAUUCAAUAAUGAAAUUGGUGUUGACUUGGAAACUGGCUUUGUUUUUGGAGGAAAUAAAGCAAACUGUGGCACCUGGAUGGACAAAAUGGGCAGUUCUGAUAAGGCUGGAAACAGAGGCAAGCCUGCUACACCUAGAGAUGGAUCUGCUGUCGAAAUUGUUGGUUUAAGCAAAUCAGCUUUGAGAUGGUUGGAUGAAAUGUUUCAAGCUGGGCACUAUCCUUACUGUAUGGUAGAACGUUGCUUAACUGCUGAUACAACAGGCAUCGGUAAAACCAUCCAGAUGUCUUUUACGGAUUGGGGUAAUUUGAUACAAGCCAACUUUGAGAAACACUUUUUUGUAACUACUGAACCUGAAAUUGGAGAAUCAAAGUAUAUCCACAAGAGAGGUAUUUAUAAAGACAGUGUCAACGCCUCUCAUCCUUGGACUGAUUUUCAACUUCGGCCUAACUUUCCAAUUGCCAUGUCUGUGGCUCCUGAAUUAUUUACACCAAAAAAUGCUUGGGUUGCUUUAGAGAAUGCCGAAAAGCAUCUCCUUGGACCUUUGGGCAUGAAGACCCUGGAUCCUGAUGAUUGGGCGUACGAUGGUUUUUAUGAUAACAGUGAUGAUUCUACUGACCAAAAAAGAGCCAGAGGGUGGAAUUAUCACCAGGGUCCUGAGUGGCUGUGGCCUACUGGCUACUUCCUACGAGCCAAGCUAAUAUUUGCCCGUAAGAUGGGAAGGCAAGAAUUUCUCCGAACUGUCGAUUUCGUCAAACGUGUCAUGUCCCGCCAUUUCUCCGAGAUUCAGAGUGGUAAAUGGAGAGGUCUGCCCGAACUGACCAACAAAGAUGGUGCUCUUUGCAGAGACAGUUGCGUGGUACAGGCAUGGAGCCAUGCAACUCUACUGGAAGUCCUGCAUGAGAUGGAUUCUAUGUGUUCAGAUGAAGACGUGCCACAAAACUCUUAAAUAAAUGUCCAGAAUGUGAAAAACUACUAUUUUUUAUGCCUGAAUGUUUAAGUUUACAAGAGAUUUAUAUGACAUUGAAUGUAUUUUUAUUGUUAUUCUUUGAAGUUGUGUAUUAUUGUUAUGUGCUUUUAUUUAUUUUUCUUUUUACUUAAAUAUUUUAACAUAUUUUAAAAUUUUCCAUCUUGGUUAGUAGCUUAUACAUUAACACAAUAAAACAUUG